AGAAGGAGGAGGGGAUCUCAGACAGGUGCUUUAAGAGAACCCCUUUGACUCAUACUCUCUUCUCUAAUUAAGUUUAGGCUCUUUCUGUGCAUAUGUACGUGUGUGUGUGCAUGUGUGUUCUUGUGUAUCCAUGGGAAAGGUUUGCCUUUUCCAUUCCCUCACCCUUUGAUUAUCUUUUUGUUUUUUCAUUCAUCUUAAAGCCCAUUUAGUUUACACAGGCUUGAUCCAAUCUCUUCAAAGCAUCCAUUCACUGGUUUUAUCAAACUCAGUGCAAUAAAUUAUGACAUUUACAAAUACAAUGGUUCUGUUUUUUGCAGAAUUUUUGGAACCGAGAGUGAUAUAUUAAUAACAGUCUCCACUAAAAUUCUGUAUAAUAUUUGUAAUGAUAACAAUAAAACAUUUGUUGUGUAUGCAUGGAGCAAAAUGUUAUAGCACAUCCAGUUCAUUACCCACUCCUAAUGAGUGUAUACAAAAAAUACUAUGUUAAUUUUGCAGUAAUAUACACAGUAUUCAUUAUAUCAGAAGUAAACAGCACUGGACCAGGUCUGAUCAAAGAGGUCAAUGCUGUACCAAAGCUAAAAGUGUUUAUGUUGUGGCUGCAUGUAUGACUGAUCAGCAUAUUUGUUAAUGAAAGUGUUUUACCAAAAUAUUGUCAGAUAAAAAUGGAAAUAAAAGGAAAAUGAUAUGCUCACAGAGAAAAUCAGGUAUACCCACACAGCCUGCAUGUCAAGUGUAAAUAAACCUUCAUUAUUCUUUACUAUUUAACAUUAUUUAAAAUUUACAGACUCAUUCAACUGAAGUUUUUAGCUAAAGUCUAAAUUGCAGGAGAAUUAUUUUAAUUAUCUCUUAACAACAUUUUGUGGGAUUUACAGUGGCGUACAUGUUGCUAUAAAACAGUGGUAGUUCAGGCUUAGUGUGCAAAAAUAUGCCUGCAUUCGCCAGCUGGGAAGAUGGUCUUUAGCCUGAGUGGGAGUUGUUGGCUGAAAUGAAAGAAGAGCGAAAAGUAUUUUAAGGAUGAGACCGGUGUUAGUGAGAUCUUUUUCUAUUGUCACACACCACUACAUUUAGCUGUUUCCUUAAUGCCGUAGAUUGAUUUUCUGUCUGUUUCAAUCCAACAGGUGAAAUGUCAUUGGUCCAUUUUGAUUUAUAUGGAUACUUUCUGCAAAGGGUUUCGUUAUCGGUGCUCAGCAUCAUAUUGUUGGUUUAUUUUUUUUAUCAAAAAUGUGAUUUCAAUUCUACUUAAAUUUAUCAAGGUUGCUCUGUCAUGACCAUUUGGAUUUAAAUUUUAAAUUUCAAUGCCCACUAAUACCUAAACUGUCCCGAGACCAUCAAAAUAAUUUUAACACUUUUUAACUUAACACAAUAAUAUGUGCCCAUUUCUCCUACAACUGAAUGAAUGAAUUAACUCAGCAACCUAAAUGAAACCUUUGAUUAAAAUUCAUUUUUGUGGAGAAGUAUUGUCCAACAAAUUUAGUUUAUCCAUCCAAAUGUACACUGUGCAUUAGCCAGUUGAAUCAUGCCUGCCACCCACAAGCUAUUUUCCACCUGCAGCCCACCUACAUCAACAAUAGUGAACCAGAGCCCAAGAUAAACACAAAUACAAACAGAUACAACAGAGUGCACAAGGUGGACAUGCUUCUCAGAUUAGCGUUUAUCCUCCCCUGGUGAAACCUGUUGUGUUUACCUGGAGCACACUACAUCUGACACAUUAGGGACACCAUACUUAAACAAUAGUAAUGUUUUCCUCCACUCACUCGGAGACAAUGCAAGAUUUUGGUUUGGGGCUAAAUAGGGCAGGUAAAGCAGUGCCCCUCACCUCCAGGUCAAGCUGGGCAAUUCCAACUAAAAGCAUCCAAUUUACACCUAAAAGCUCCUGCAAGGCAAUUCACUGUGUCUGAGGUAUUAGUGCAUGUUUUUCCAAGUUGUUUUCUGAGCAUUGGUUGAAGUCCACAAAGCAGAAUAACUGGUUUGAGGUCAUUUGUGGCCAUUCUUCAUGCCAAACCAUAUUAUCGAUCAAAACUAAUCAGAUUCUUUGUUAUUUGUUUGAUUAGCAUUUUAAAUGUUCACUUUUCUUUCCCAUUGCUAACACAAUCCUGUAAUCAGGGAGAGGGACAGAGAGAUAGCAAGAGGAGAGGAUCGGGUUUCUUAGCCGCUCUGUACCCUAAUCCUGGAUUUGGAAGCGGAAUGAGAAGACAAACACGAGUAAUAACAGCAUUGACAUGGGAUUGGUAGGUGGGGUUGAGCAGCAUGAUAGGAAAUAGGGGGCCUCAUAGGUUGAGAGAGGGAUGGUUAGUUGUAGGUGGGUGGGAUAUAAAUACUUGCAGUAGACAAGAGCUGCAAAAUGAUGAGGGUAUGACAGACACUGGCUUACCUGCAUAUAUAAUAGAAAAGAGACAGGGAGAUACACUGUGGAGGCCUUAAUGAGAGACAUCUCUGUAGCUGAGAAACACCUUUGAGUAAAUCUACCAAUAACUUCAGCCUGAAGCUCAUAGCUAUUCAUCUUCGAGAGUCUUGGGUGAGGUUCGAGUCACACCAGAAUCUGUGAACAGCUCUGGCUGAAGUGCUGAGAAAAAAAAAAACUAACGUAGCGAAGUUUUCUGCCUGCAUAUCCCCAUCAGACUUAAGUGAGAAAUAUGCUUGACUGAACGAGAGAAAAAGAAAAGACAAGAAGGCGAUACAAGAAAACGAUAAAGUAAGACAAGACUUAACAACUUACAAGAAAGGAAGGCAAGAGGACAAGACCAGAACAGACAAAUGACAAGCAAAGCGACAAUGGGACACAAGAGUAAAUAAGGCAAUAGUGGGAAAGCAAAGAUAAGAAAUCCUUUAAGGGACCAUAUCAAACUUCAGGGACCAGUCGAGUGCGAGAGGCCAGAGAAGAAUGGCAUGUCAGGCCUUCAGCGCUGACUCUUUCACCCCACUGGCAGGAGAUUCAGCCCUGCCAAUCCUCAUGCACCACGCCUCAACCGGUGACUGCUUUCCGUCCACCUCCCAUGCUCACAGCAUGGUUUCUGCCGUAUCCUCUGGGUUGUCCCUGGGUCAGACCUCCAAGCGCUCCCACAUGCACCUGUCCACCUCCUCCCUUGGCAACGCUCUUGGCAAUAGCCCCCCAAACCUACAUUACCCAGUCACCCCCUGUCACUACAGCAACCAGCAGGCCACCUAUGGCAUGAUGGCAGCUCAGGAGAUGCUCUCUGCCAGUAUCUCUCAGAGUAGAAUCCUGCAAACCUGUGGCGUUCCUCACCCUAACAUGGUGAGCGGUGCAAACCCACUGCAAGCUUUCCCUCUCUCUACCCCAUCUAUCUCUCUCUCUCCAGGGUCGCUUACUCCUUGCUUGUACAAGUUUCCAGAUCAUGGUCUAAGUAGUGGCUCUUGUGCAUUAAGCCAUGGCUUUUCCUCGCUGCCCUCGGCCCUCCUCUCGACUGAUGAGGUCCCUGGGGGCCCCAGUGUCGGAGACAUAAAAGCUGACAGCCAAAGAAAGAGCAUGCGGGACCCUGAAGAAGUCCCUGCCAUGGACUCCCCACAGAUACAAGAGCUGGAGAUGUUUGCCAACGACUUCAAAAUACGAAGGAUUAAACUCGGUUACACCCAGACUAAUGUAGGUGAGGCUCUCGCUGCAGUGCACGGCUCGGAGUUCAGCCAGACUACUAUCUGCCGCUUUGAAAAUUUGCAGUUGAGCUUUAAGAACGCCUGCAAACUGAAGGCCAUUCUGUCAAAAUGGCUGGAUGAAGCUGAGCUGGCUGGUGCUUUGUACAAUGAUAAAAUAGGGAUGAAUGAGAGAAAAAGAAAAAGGAGAACAACUAUCAGCUUGGGAGCCAAGGAGGCCCUGGAACGUAGCUUUGUAGAGAAAAGUAAGCCAUCGUCUCAAGAAAUAGCCCGGAUAGCCAAAGGUCUGCAUCUGGAAAAGGAAGUGGUCAGGGUCUGGUUCUGCAACCGACGCCAAAGGGAGAAAAGGGUUAAAACGAGCCUCAACCUCAGCUCCUGUUUGAGCAAAAUCAAUCCAAACUGUGUAGCACAGAUGAGUAAAGCACAAAGACCAGUGACAUAAUUUAAUGUUCAGAGAGAGUCCGUUUAUUGAUAGCUGACGACAGACAGUGAAAAGGUGUCAUUUUUAAAUCACAUGUCUGUCGGAAAUCAUUCCAACAUGAAGUGGAAGAGUUUUACUCAACAGGGACCAGCAACACCUCAUCAAAAACCCUUCCACUCUGCAUUAAGCAGCUGCCGAUGCACCUCAAACUAUUUUACUGAUUUAACAUUCAGAUGGGAAUUUUUAUCCUGUGACAGUCGUCCUGAGGGGGGGAAGGACUCCAUCACAACUUUGCUAUUAAAACAAGUCACUAUCAGCAGCAGUGGGUUAAUUAGCACAAAAAGCCCCUAUAGCAGUUUUCUUAACCCUAUUUUAAUGUAUUAUUUUUCUUAUUUAUUGGAUUAAAAAUUUUAGAUCCAUGAAUGCCAGAAAAAUUCCAUUUUAAAAAAAUGUGUAAUUGUCAAAGCAGCCAGUUCAACAUUUUUUUUUUUUUAUGAUAAAAAGGUUUUAUUAACUGCAUAUGAUCUGCUGGUUUGAUGCUGCAGCUCCCAACCCUGACAUUUAAAUGUAUUGAAUCUUGGCUGUGCCAAAGUUGCUUUAUGAAUGUUGAAAGUACAGUAUAUUAACCACGCAGAUCAAAUAUAAUUUAAUCCACCAGCAUCAGAUUCCAGAUAAGUACUCAUAUAGAUCAGGCAUGUGCCUUCCUAAAACCAGAUGUUAGCAAUACUACUUUGUCCCUUUUUCUAUGCAAGCGAGAAGGGAUAUGUUGUUGCUUAAAUGAAGUAUUCUACAUUUAUGUCUGCAUUGAACAGCAGGACUCAGAGCUAUAGUUGUAUGUUUGUGAAUUUGUGAUUAGAGCUGAUACGUCUGUCUUCUUUGAAAUUAUGUCACUGUCUUUUGAUAAAUGUUUGAUUAUAUUUUAUUUUAACCGACACAGCCGUGGCAAAAACAGUAAUAUAUUUAAUAUUUCACAAUAACCUAUUUAUUUCCAAUUUAAUACAUUAUGUUGAUCUGCUUACUAGCUCUUUGAUUUAUGCCCUGAAGUCAGGGAUAUGUGAGGCUUUUUGACAUUUUUGUCAAAUGGAUCUGAGGUCCGCUAUUUCCCUCUUAUAAGACAGAUUUAAUUUUUCAUGUUUGUCAGUGUUAUGCUGUUUUGUGCUGUCUUGACAGAGUGUCAUACAAAAAAAGAACAUCAGCCAGUCACAACUCUGACCUGUUUUGGAUGACUGAUGUGAAUGAAACGUCUUGAGUAAAGUAAAGCAACAAGCUAACACACCUUGUCAGACAAAAUCAACUUACAGGUACCAUUGAUUGGUGUCUGGAAGAGCUAGGAAAUGAUUGGAUGAAUGAAAAUAUAUCUCAUGCAGAUUGAUACAAAGUGCCUCUAUUCAACUUGACUGAAAAGGUUAUAAUGCCAAAGACAUACCGGUUUACAGUAGUGCAAAAUUUUACUGUGUUAAAAAUGGUCCCUUUCAGUUCCCGGCCAUUGAAAGGUAAAUCAGUUCAGCUCGUAUUUGGCAACCAAUAAACUGUGUUUUAUGAACAACUACAUGUACCAUCUUUCAUUUAUGCUGGUGUUGUUACAUCACACUAUGAAUAAAGACAUUAGGAGGAAGUGUGGUUGGGUGUACAACAUGAACUGUACCACUUACUGUAUGUGGGUGUCAUUUGAGGUUCAUAAAUAAAGACUAAUUCUGAAACAAGCAGUUCCCACUGUCAUUCACACACAGCUGUCUAAACGGA